UUUUUUCUCAAGGAUAAAUCGUUUAGCUGAUCCAACUACUUAUGUUGGGGAUACUGCUCCAAUUUCUGGACCUAUUGACUUUCAAAAACGUUUACAAAAUUUAAAAAUUAAAAGAAAUGAAGAAAUUACCGAUGAAAAUAAAAUCGAAAAAAAUGAAGAAUUUAAAACGGAGAAAAAUGAAAUUUCUCCAAAAGAGCGUUUAAAGAGCCUUGCAGGCAAAAGAAAAAGAAUUUAUAAUGCAUAGAGCUGAACAGGAGUCGAUUAUUACUGACGGAGGAUUAGACCAUCAAAAUACAGAAUGGGAUACUUUAAGCAAUACAACAUUAAGUGCCGAUUGUUGUAGUCAAAUUGGGGGAAGAAUAGGGUUACAACAACAAUUGCAUGAUGGGGAUGUUAGUGAAGCUAGCUUUGUUUUGGUUAAAAGAAAAUUAAAAGUAAAAAAAAUUUCGAUUAUAAAUACGCAGAGAAAAUCAGUACCUUAUAAUGAGGUGUAUCUUAAAUGGAAGGUAUCGCUUGGACAACUCCCCCAUCCAAUGGGCAACCAAAUUUAA